AUGUCUGAAUUCACCCCGACCUGGCAGCAGCCAAGCCAUCCCGACCUCAUUAAGGUCGUCAAGGGCGAUGAGCCUUACCAAGCCGCGGCCUACUCGCUGGUGUCCCUACCCGCCGGCGCACUAUUCUCCAAGAUCACGACGGCGACCCCGGCUUCGCAGGACACCUACACGUCUGUUGCCAAUGGUGAGAAUUCGCGCAUCGAGCUCAACUCGGAUCUCGUCUACUGCAACCACUCGUGCGACCCCAGCCUCGUCUUCGACAUGACGAAGUUUGAGGUCCGGGUCUCCGACCGUCGUCCUCUCGCUGUAGGCGACGCCCUGACUUUCUUCUACCCCAGUUCUGAAUGGAAAAUGGUGCAACCUUUCAAGUGCGGAUGCAACGCGGGUGCAGCAUGCCUCGGAUACAUUGCAGGAGCGUCCGCGAUCCCAUCUUCAGUCCUGAGCCGCUACUGGUUGAACGACCAUGUCAGAGCGUUCCUUGACCGUUCUUCCAAUGGCAGUGAGCAGAUGGCUCACAACAUGCCACAGUCCGCGGCAGAGGGUGCUCGGGUUGAAGGAGCCAAGGCUUGA